AUGGCCCGAAAUCCGAAAGACGUUAUCUUGAUUGCUGUCCUUGGUGUCACUGGGGCAGGGAAAACAACAUUUAUCUCGAAGGCCACUGGGCGCACCGAUUUGAAGAUUGGCCAUGGGCUUAGUUCCUGCACUCAAGACAUUUCAGUCGCGCAUCUUGAAAUGCAGGGCAAAAAGAUUGCCUUAAUCGACACACCUGGCUUUGACGACACGAACAAAACCGAUGCUGAGGUCUUGGGACUUAUUGCAACGUAUAUGGCAGAUACAUAUGCCCAAGAUAUGCUACUCUCCGGAAUUAUCCUUCUCCAACCAAUCAAUACCAACAGAGUUCAAGGCAGCGAAAGAAAAAGAACAAGACUAUUUGAGAAAGUCUGCGGACCUGGGGCUUUCUCUAAAGUCAUCAUAGCCACAACUAUGUGGAGCGACCUCCAGAGUCAAUCGACGGGUAGUCAGCGAGUGGAAGAGCGGCAAAAUUCGAAAGACUUCUGGGGAAACAUGGUCAAUCAUGGCGCAAAGAUUGUUAAACACGACAACAAUCCGCAAUCAGCUAGGAAGAUCAUCAACAUGGUCGUGAGCAAUGCCGGAAAGGUAGUUUUGCAGAUGCAGAGGGAGCUCGCGCAAAGUGACGGCCAGGUUUCGUCCACUUCGGCGGGGCGUCAGUUGGACAGCGAUCUGAGCGAGACGAGCAGUAAGCUACUAGCUGAGCUCCAGGCGCUGCAGAAGGAGUCAACGGGAAAUAUGGUUUCACUGCGAGAGGAGAUACAAGAGUUGAAGGAGAAGUUGCAACACACAGAGAACGAGAAAAGGACGCUGAAAAGAUCCAGGGCCUCCCUUGAGGGUCCCGCGGCUUGGAUUUCAGCUUUAGCAGGAGUUACUAGUCUUGCUAUGGUUCCUUUGGCUUGCGUCAUACUAUGA